UUUAAAUUUUUUUUGCGCUUUGAGAAGUCCUUCCCAGUUGUUGUAUUUCAAGCUCAUUCUUUCCUAUUUGUAUUUCGCCUCUGAUGCUCACGACUUUUCUUUCACAUUCUUCAUAACUCCACGCCUUGCCAUAGUUUAUCGUCUAUGGGUUUUCUGUAAUCGAGAAGUUGAUUGUCUUUCUUCUGUGUAAUUACUGACUUCUGAGUCUGAUGAUUCACAGAUGGACGAGAAAAAGGAGCGGAGGAGAUUUCUUAAAAUCAGUGCCAUGUAAGGUGACAAGCUAAGUUGAAACUCAAUAGUAGUUCAAUGGUACAAAUGCAAAAAUGCAAAACUUAAAAGUUUUGUUGAUACCAUUGACCACUAGGCACUACCAAGAAAGUAAAUGAUAGAUAAACACAAUAAAAUAUAGAAAGGAGCAGACCUGGUGUAAGUAUAUUUGCUGGUGAAUUUACAAGUUCUCUUACAAACACUAUCCCGGAACUGACAUAUUGUGCAUAUUUCAGCCUUUUUAUCAUAGCAGCUCCAGAUCCAAGACCAAGAACAUCCACAGAUUGAAGUACAGUUGCUUUGGGGUUUGAUCUAUAUCUAUUGUCGUCAAAUAUCCCGUUGACAAUUCCUAUGAUACAGAAAAAAAUAACUUUUGCUGCAAAAGACACUGAUGUCUUGGAAUGGAAUGGAGACUUGCUUGCUGUGGGUGUCACAGAGAAAGAUGUGGUCAAGGAUGACAACAACAACUUCACCAAUCCACUUUUGCAAAAGUUGGAUGCACUCUUGGGUGGAUUGUUGGCCGAAGCUUCUUCAGAGGAAGAUUUCUCUGGAAAGUCAGGCCAAGCUAUUGUUCUUAGAGUUUCUGGUUUGAGCUUUAAGAGGGUGGGUUUAUUUGCGCUUGGCCAGUCAGCUUCACGUGCAGCAGCCUUUGUUGGUCUAGGUGAGGCCAUUGCAGCAGCAGCACAGGCAUCUCGAGCAGUUUCAGUUGCUUUUUCUCUUGCCUUCUCAGCGGACCUUUCGGAUGAAUGGAAGCCAGCCAUUGCCUCGUCCAUUGCAAUUGGUACGUCUUCUAUAAACGUUAAACUAUCUACUUUCUCAGAAUUACAAUAG